AUGCGUUUGACUCUUUUGAGCUUCCUUCCAGCCACUCUUGCGUUGCCGGCAAUCCUUCAGUCUCGUGCUGACGAGCCUGUUUACUGGCUACUCGCUGGUGACUCUACUACAGCGACAAAUGGAGGCUGGGGUGAUGCUUUCCUCGCUACUACUGUCGCAGAAGGUUCAUCUGGUGUAAACUAUGGACACAGCGGCUCAACCACGAAGUCUUUCCGCGCUGGUGGCGACUGGGACAAGGUCAUUAACGAAAUUGGCUCGAACAAGGAAGACUACCGCGUCUAUGUGACUUUGCAGUGGGGGCAUAAUGAUCAAAAGCCUACAAGUGGCGUCACUAUUACCGAUUACAAGACUAAUCUGGCCACAUUCGCCUCCGAAGCCAGCUCAGCAGGUGCAACGCCUAUCCUCGUCACUCCUUUGACUCGCCGCACAUUCAGCGGUGGAAAAGUCGUCGAGAAUCUCGUCAACGAGACAGCAGCCGUCAUCGAGGUCGCUGAAGCGAAUUCCUUGCACUGGAUCAAUCUGAACGAGGCCUCCACCAAGUAUGUCAAUGCAAUCGGGUCGGCGGCGGCAGACAAAUACAACUUGGCUUCAGGGGACCGCACACAUGUCAACGAGUGGGGAGGAGUUGUCUUUGCACGAAUCAUGAGCGAUCUGUUGGUUGGAAAGUACCCAGAAGAGUUCGAAAGUGUGACAAAGAAGAACGAGACAUUGACUGCGUUGAUCGCUGCGGGUACAGUUGCAUAG